UUCUUUAUUCUUUUGCUCUGGAGCUUUUACACCCCAGGCAGCCACCGUAGGUGAGGGUGGCAAGAUGGCAGCUUCCGUUUUAGCGAGGGCGUUGAGAGCAACCUCAGGAAUCUUACGCCCUGUGAAUAUUUUGGCAUCUUCAGCCUAUCGAAACUGUGCCAAGAAUGGCUGUCUUAAUUCUGCACUCUCCACUGGACAUUUUAGUCUUCUUCAUACACCAGUUGUUUCUUCUGCUCCCCGACUUGUCACAUCUGUCAGAAGUGUCACAUGUGGAUAUACUGCAACGAUCCUUAAUAGAGUGGCUUCCUCGCUCCCCGACAUCCUGACGGUGCCAGUCAGAACUCUGACGUACUGCAGUGCACGAAAAGGCAAGAGAAAGAGUGUGAAAGCUGUUAUCUAUCGGUUUCUUCGGCUUCAUUCUGGCCUUUGGCUAAGGAGAAAGUCGGGGUAUAAGAAGAAAUUAUGGAAAAAGACGGCUGCAAGAAAAAGACGCUUGAGAGAAAUUGUGUUCUGCAAUAAAACGCAGAGUAAACUCUUAGAUAAAAUGACGACAUCCUUCUGGAAGAGGCGAAACUGGUAUGUGGAUGAUCCUUAUCAGAAGUAUCACAACCGAACAAACCUGAAAGUAUAGAUUGGAAAUUUUUAAUUGUUAUUGAAUCUGUAUCUUUGUGUACAUGAUGUCUUCCCAAAACUGACAAAGUGUAAAACUUAAUAAAUUUGAGUAGCUUGUGUAUAAACAUAGAGUACUAAUGCUCAACUUAUGAAAGUUUUAACUCAGUGGAUUAAACAUUCCCAGUUUUGGUCAAGGAA